AUAAAACACCAAUCUCAAAUUACUAAUGUCUUCAGAUGAGAAAGUGCAGAGGAAAUCUCAAAAGGCAGAGGAGAACCCGACCCGUCGUGAUGCUGAUCGGAGAUUGAUAUACUCCCUCCGUCCCGAAAAACAUGUCGCGGCGGCAUUUUUGCUAAAAAAUCCUCUCGUUUUUCCAGACCAAACCCGCGCUCCUUGUCCUCCUCCUCCGACAGAAGCAGCAGCUGCGCUGCUCUCCGCCGCCACUGCUUCGCUGCUCCCCGCCGUCGCAGCUCCCCUUCUCCCCCGCUCUCCCGCCGCCGCAGCUCCCCUGCUCCCCCGCCGCCGCAGCUCCCCUGCUCCCCCGCCGCAGCUGCCUCCUGCUCCGCCGCCGCAGCUACCGCUCGCCUGCCUCCCCAAGCUUCCCCUUUCUCAAAAAAAUCCUUGAUUUGGAUCCCAUGUUAGUCCAACCCACAGCUACCGCCGCGCUCUGCUUCGGCUGCGUCGGAACCGCCGUCGGAGAGCCCGCAGGCACCGGAUCCGGACCACCAACAACAACCUAAAGGCCGACGAGCAGCCGGGUGUCGUCCUCGCCGUCGACGACGACGGUGCCGCCGACGCCGCGAAGCGAGGGCGAGAUCCUCCAGUCGGCCAACUUUGGAUUUUUUUUGCCGACCUGCUCUCCGACGGCGAGUUGCAGCGCUGCUUGUCUAUAUCCGGAGAAUUGGGAGUGUACGUUGCCGGAACGGCGGCGGGGCCCCCUCCUCUCUCGGACUCCACGGCGGGUCAUCUCUCCCCUGCCGUCGUCGACCACCUCCCCGCCGGCGCCACACGCUUGCACCUGCACGCAUCAGCAAGGAAGCCGUCGACCACGAAGCCAGUCCCGACGCACCUGCAUCUGCACGCCGGUGCCACUCACCUGCAUCUGCACACAUCUGCAUCAAGGCAAAGAGCUCGCCGGAGUAAAAAGCCGCUGGACGACUUGCUCGGAGCAUCGGCGACUCCGCGGGCACCUCAACAAACUGCCCUUGCACCCAAUGGCACCACAAAGCCAGUUGUCCCUUUGUCCCAUGGUUGUCCAAAACCUGAUGAUGGUUUUAACCAGCUAACCGGGUGAUACUGGACAAUUUUGAAAGUUUUAACAUGGUUCACAUGCACGGAAUGAGGCUACUAUUUUAUGAAUGCUGCUAGUGCUACAAACCUGAAUUGACAUCAUCUGAAUUUGCUAGUGCUACAAAGUUUUAACCUGGACUGAUUUAUGAAUGCUGCUAGUGCUACAAACCUGAAUUGGCAUCAUCUGAAUUUGCUAGUGCUACAAAGUUUUAACCUGGACUGUUUUAUGAAUGCUGCUAGUGCUACAACAAUUUGCAUCCUCUGAAUUUUACAGUUUCACUCUGAAUUGGCAUCAUCUGAAUUAGCAUCAUCUGAUCUCUGAAUUAAUCAUGCUCUCUUUAAUUUUCUGAUCGGUAACAGUAAAUCAACAGUACUCUGAUGAAUAAGUACUGUACCUUCUACAGAGUGCAGAGGAGUAGCAGCAAUAGCAGCACGGGCAGGAUCAGAAGAGGAGAAGCAGCACGGGCAGGGUCAGAGGAGCAGCAGCAGCACGGGCAGGGGAGAGGGAGCAGCAGCAGCAGCACAGGCAGAUCUCCACCGGCGAGCUCCUGGUCCACCAGAUUGUCGAGGCAAGCUCCGGCGACGACAGUAGGGGAUCGCGGCGGCGCACGCGCGGGAGCUCCAGGAGGAUGCGCGGGAGCACGAGGGAGGACGCACGCGGGGGCUCCAGGAGGAUGCGCGGGGGCUCCAGGAGGGAAGCGCGCGGCCUCGAGGAAGACGUGGCAGGAGAUUCCGGCGAAGCCCGCAGGCAGCGGGAGGAGACCACGGCGGCGCAGGUCUGGGCUGCGGCGGCAGAGGAGGUAAUUGGCGAAGGCGGCGAGAGCAGGUACUUGGCGACGGAGGAGGAGCUCAGCUGGGCUCGCCAGCCCCUGGCGAAUCACGCAGCUGGGCGGCGCCGGCCCCUGGCGACGCGCAGGCGACGGGCAGAGGAAGAAGACGGGGCGGAGGGACUUGUUUGAAACGCUUUUGAAACCACGAGGUUUUUUUUUUGCAAAAUUACCGGUGAACUACGCCCGCGACAUGUUUUUUGGGACGGAGGGAGUAGUAUUCAGCAGGAAGGUAGGUACGGACACGGAAACACAUGCUAAUUGGCGAAUUGCCGACAAAACACACAACGAACAGGGGAAACACACGCGCACACAGAAGGCCUAAUCUUUCAAAGAGAAACAAGAUGAAAAGAAAAAAAGCAGCACUCAACCACUCAAAUGGAAUUCCAGACAUCUUUUUCAAGAACACGCGCGAGAAUCGCAUGUCUUUGUAUUGAUAGAGAGAAAAGAGGGUUUUUACUGAUACCAGACAAUUACAACGGCCUCACAAAUACUCCCUCCGUCCGGGAAAAGUUGUCCCCAUGGCGAUUUUACAAAAAAAAACCUCCCCAAACUCCCGACACAACCUGCGCUCCUCGUCUUCUCCAGACGAUGCUCGCCGCUCCGACACAGGCGCACGGACGCCGGAGCUCCCCUGCGCCGCGUCCUCCGCCGCCGCCGCAGCUACCUCCUCCGCCGCUCCCUUUUGCCUCGCGCAGCUCCCCUGCCUCACUUGCCUGCCUCCCGAAUCUCCCCUCUUUGACCCCAAAAAUUGCUUCUUCUUCCUCCCGCCGUGUCUCUUGCUCGAGCCCACCACCUCCCACCUAGCGUUGAUGGAAGAAGCGUGGCCAGCCCUCGGCCUGGCGGCCGGCGACGCGGCCUUCCCACCCCCGCCCCGGCCCCCGUGGCGUGGGGCGCGGCCGCGACGGCGCGGCGGGAGACGGUGGCCAAGGAAUCGUCCGCGCGCAGGCGGUGAGCCGGAUCGUGUCCAGCCGCGCCAACUCAAGUGGCCUGGCCGUGGACGUCGUCGACGCCAACGCCGUCAUCUCGGGAGGCGCCGCGCUCGCCUCCACCGCGGGCCGGCUGGUCACGGUGCUCGAGGAGGUGUGCGACGCCGCAGCGCGCCGGAGGCUCGCGCUCCUGCCCACCCCCGUCGAGACCACCGAGCCCGCCCCUGAGUUCGUCAAGGGAGGUCGAAUGUUUACUUAAGCCAGCCUAGAGCCUCGUACUGCUGCUUUCAUUUGCUGAAUAGAGCUUAAACUCUGCACUUUCAUGGACUGAAGUUCAUUUUACUCAUCGACUUACUUACCAUGUCAUAGGUUUCCAUUCUCUGCUCUCUAUUAUUGCUUGAUGCUCUUUGCAUUGCUGUAUUCAGUAGGGCCAGCUCGAACCGUGUGCACCUGGAAGAAGGCCAGCCCAAAGUUGAUGAAGGGAGAAAGCCAAUAGGAUGCCCUGCAAAUCGAUUUCGAACAAGUUUACUGCAGUACCUGACGGCCUCUCACAGUCUGCAACCAGCCAACCACCUCUACUGGCUGCUGCCACUCCUCACAUUGGCUAGGAUAUUAGAGAAGAGGAGGUUUGGCAACUAGAGUAGCUCCUACACGCCGCCGGCGGGCUGAUUUUGCGUUUGGUUGGCGCGCGGCGCAACUCAGUCAAGGUCGGGUCAAGAUUGUCUUGUUUCUGCAACAGAGCGUUUGUUGCGGGAAAUAACAAGUGGGCAUGCGGGGCGUGGACACCGCAUCGGACGGCUAUCAGCUCGGGUAUUCAAUGGCCGUCGAGGCGACGGAUAAAAUCUAAAUAUCGGCCGGCGGACGCGUAGCAGCGCCCACUUCGGAAAAGACCUUGCUACGUGUUACUCAUUGGAAGCCCGUACAUAAAUAUUACUGGAUAUUACUUAACCCGAUCUUAUCAUCCAUGUGGCCUUACCCGGCAAGAUCCAUCCAUGAUUCAUCCAAGUUAGUUUUCUUUCAACUUCUUGCAUGUUAAUCAUCACUCGGCAGUGUACCUGUUGUGCCCAGCUAAUCACUAUUUAUAUUUAAAAAUGACAGCAAUUUCCUUUUGUGGCUAUGUUGCUACUUCUAACUUAAUGAACGGUCAACACACACUCUGUCUAUUAACGGUCAAAUGUAACAUUCGGCCCUGACAGCUGGCCAUCCAUGUUAUUUUCUUUCUUGAAUACGCACGAGUGUCCGUAUCAUAUUUAUAAAGAGGGGGUGGGUAAAUAACCCAAAUCCACCGGUAAUAUUAGUACAUCAUGAGCCAUGCUCCCACAUCUACUACUCCUUAAGGAGGAGGCCUAUGGUUACUACUCACGUCGUGCCCACCUUGCUAGCUCUGCAGCAACGCCGUUCCAAUCCCCCUUGAUCAGGCCCGCCAUACACCAAGUGUUACCUUCUUCCACAAUUUGCAUAAUGAGCCCACUGAGCGAGGGUGAAGCACCAUCAAAACGAUCGCACUGCGGUGCUUCCACAUCUCCCAAAGGACUAGGGUGAUGAUGACGCGCAUGUUCUUUGGCUUGUCCGCGCACCAAUCCACCGAAGUUUCAUGGCCCUCGGGAGUCCAAGCCGGCUUGCCGAUCGUGGUGCAAAGUGUUCUCCGGAUCGUCCGCGCAAAGACACAGGUUAGCUCGAUGUGGUCCAAAGUCUCCUCAUGUUGGUCACAGAACGGGCAGGCAUCCGGGUGCGGUAGGCCUCGUCGAGCAAGACGAUCUGCCGUCCAACAUCUGUUUUUCAUGGCAAGCCAGAGGAAGAAACGACAGCGUAACGGUGCCUUGGAUUUCCACGUGAAUUGUGCUGUAGCUGGCACCUCCCUUCCUGCAAACCUUGCCGCAUAGGCAGACUUGGCAGAGAACAUACCAUUACUUUCCCAGGCCCAAGCUAUGGUAUCCGGCACUCCCUCUUGCAGAUUAAUCUCCUGAAUCCGUAGCCACAUGCGCAGAUACUGUCUGAGAGCUUCCAGCCGUAAGUCCGGGUUUAUAUCCGUUGCCCAGAUUCCUGUAUUGACAGCCUCUUUGAGAGAUCUUACUUUCCUUUUGCGCGGGGGAACAGCUGCAUAUACCAGUGGUGCAAGCUCCUGAAGACAGAAUCCAUCUAACCAACGAUCCUCCCAGAAAAGAGUUAGAUUCCCGUCCCAAUUGUUAUCCUAGUCACGGCAUUGCAGAGGGCAAUCGAGUCCUUGGGAACCUUGAUGUUGAGCUCGCUCCACGGCCUUUGAUGGUCUACUCGUUGCAGCCAGGGCCAACGCGCCUGCAAAGCCACGUUCAGCCAUGCGAGGUCUGGGAUACCUAGGCCGCCAGUCCACUUUGGUGCGCAUACCGUUGCCCAAGCAACCGAACAGUUUCCACCGUUUCAUUGGCUCUUGCCGCACCACAAAAACCCUCUGAUGAUCCUGUUGAUGGCAUGCAUGGUCUUCUUCGGAAGAGCGAGUGCGAGCAUCACGUGUAUUGGAAUAGAGCAUAGAACCGAAAGGACGAGGGUGAGUCUGCCGCUCUUGGGUAGUGUGGCCGCCUUCCACUUUGGCAGACAUUGGGCAAUGCGUUCCACCAGGCUGUGUAGCUGUGCGGCAGAUGGCUUGCGCAGGCAUAGCGGCAGGCCAAGGUAUCGGCAUGGAAAAGUCUCGAGUUCACAGCCCAGGGUAGCAGCGGUGAGCGCUUUCUCGUCGUCAGAGCAGCGGAUGGGAAUUGCUGCUGUCUUGUUGAAGUUCACUUGAAGGCCAGAGGUUGUCCCAAACAGGCGCAAGAUGCGCGAGCAAGCUUGAAGAUCAUUAUCCGUCGGCUUAAGGAAUACAAUUGCAUCGUCGGCGAAGAGGGAUACCCGCUGCCUUAGCCCUUGACUUGCCAGCGGCGUCAAAACUUCCAUGUCCACAGCAAGCCUAAACAGAUGGUGGAGCGGCUCCAUUACAAGGAUGAAGAGCAUGGGGGACAAAGGCCCACCUUGCCGUAGUCCUUUGCAGUUGAAUAUCGGAGCUCCGGGAACGCCAUUAACCAUGAUGCGGGUAGAAGAGGUGACAAGCAGGCCCGCAAUCCACUCCAGCCAUCUACUGCCAAAGCCCAAAGCACGGAGGACUUCGAACAAAAAAGGCCACUGCACCGUGUCGAAUGCUUUAGAAAUAUCCAGCUUAAGCAUGAUUGCAGGUUGCCGUAGCGCGUGCAGCUGUCUCGCAGUGCUCUGGACCAACAUGAAGUAUGUUAUAAUCAGAUUCAAUUUGAGCCCAAUCGAUCAUUAGUGUUUUCUGUGGAAAAACUAGACAAAACCAUAGGUAUCAACGGAAAAAAAUAAGUAGGUAGUCUUUCGGAACCCUAACACAAUUGUUGUAGUCUUUUGCUACUUACCCGUCAUCUGCAUGUGAAUCGUAAAUUUUGCACUCACUAAAGUAUGCUUUCCUUAGAACAUCUCUAGCAGACCCUGCAUAACGUCGACCCGCAAAACGCGUUUGCAGUUCGCGAAAAAACGGCUUUGCGGGCCGGCGCGGACGGCCGCAGAGGCAGACCCCGCAAAACGGACCCAUAUAAAAGGAUAUUCGCGGAAUAUGCUCUUUUACGGGUCGGCUUUGCGGGGUCUGGUCUGGUGCCGCUCCCGCCGGCCCGCAAAUUCUAAAUUUGCACCUCAAUUUGACACAAGAUAAUGCAUUUCUUUGCUUUUUCAACAACAUUGGAUACAUAGGACAUCACCAAAUCUUUGCUAGAAUAGCAAGACCAAAGAAAACAAGAACCACAAUUAUGCAUUUUAGAAGAUUUCCAACUUCCAUAACUGCUCCCACUAGUUGGACCAAUAUCUUCUCCAUGCAUUCAUUGUUGAUCUGUGGAUUCUUGAUUUUGCAUUUUUCAUUCUUCUUCUUUGGUUCUAAAGAAGUAGACGUUGCUUCCCCUCUAGUUGCACAUGCAGCCGCUUCAUUUCCUUCAAUUCUACUAAGGAGUGCACGGACGUCUAUUAAGUUUCUUUCUAUCAAUAAAUCAAUGUAUUCGCCUUCCCAAAACCAAAAUGAGCAUCCAUCUUUCUACACACAUGAUGAUGUUCGAAAUGAGCUAUCGCAAUUGAACCAAAGAAUGCGGUGCCAAAGCCGAAUGAAAACAACAUGUACCCUGUCGUUUUCGCAUUUGAAGAACACCCAUCCGGGGUGCUUCGGCGUGCCCGAAGUUAGCCGCAGCACUGUCUGCGUGCAGUCGUGGCACUGUAUGAGCGGCAUCGGCGAGCCACAGAGUCUCUGCGCGAGCGCCGAGCCCGGCGGACGGCUAGCCGAAUCCAUGCCGACAAACCGUCGGCGGCGGCGACAGGACGAACCCGUACUUGCAUGCGGCGAUGGGACUUUACCGGGGCUGCGCGAGGUGCUCCCCGACCAUUCCAUCGCUUGGCGCAGCCACCGGCGGCCGAAAAAGCCAAGUCCGGCCGCCCGUGACGAAGGGUCGCAGAUCUGCAACUUUCCGGCCCGUCAACGCAGGAGGGGGGGGGGCGGAGGGCAACCUCGUGCGUGUGGCGGCCUUUCGGCGUGACCCCGCCAGCUACUUUCGCCGGAAUCGUGGGCGGCGGCCAAGCGAGGGGGAGAGGGGAGAUGGUAGGUGGGGGAAAGCGCGGGCUGAAAUGUCCUCUCCACCAACCGCUCCCGCUAUAUGCAGGGCACCAACGGGCGGGGGGGGGGGGAAUCCGCGUAUUCGCGGGUUGGGGUCAAGAUUUUACCGUGCCCCUCAAAAAAUUUUACGGACCGGCCGCGUUUGCGGGGCCUGUUCGGGCGGGAUUUUCAGCGCCGACUCGCAUUUUAACGGUUAUUUUGCAGAUCGGAGCUUUUUGCAGGGUCUGCUAGAGACGCUCUUAGAAAGUUAUACUACGAACUGGUACUUUGAAGGAUCUACUAUUUGUAUCGUGAGUUUGUGACACAGAUGCUGAUAGGCUGCAGCAUAGGUUAUUUGAAGCAUAAAGUAGUUGUGCAUGGAUGGUUAUUCUUGUUGUAACACCCACUUGGAAGCUAUGCUUUAUCUGAACUGAUGGGUAAGACGGCAUUUCUGUUCUCUGCAUCUGCAAAGGUAGCACCUGGCAUCUCUUUAAAUACCUAAGAUAUCGUUUAUGUUAUACUAAGCAUAAUCUGUACCAUGGAUGUGAGAAAUUGAUGCCUUCCUUGCUCUCUUGUACUACUUCUUACUGCCGCAAAGCCAAGUCUGCAGUUUACAUCCCCUGAAAGCAAUGUCAGAGAACACCAUAGAGUUGUGCCAAAAAUGGGAUAGUCGAAUGCUCUAAUUUGAGAAUGGUCCCCUUCAAAAAUUUAUUUUAUCUGAGAUUGGUCAAUGUGGACUGGAAUGGUCAUAUCAUAGCCUGAUGCCUCGUGGAAGUGGGUAGAUAGAGCACGGGACAUGCAUGUACAGGACACUGGCUCAAUGCUCUUUUGGUUAUGGUGAUCAUUCUAUGGAAAAUGAGGAUUGGUUUAGACUGAUAAAUGAAGUUACCUUGUGUGAAAUUAAGGCAUGCACACCUACGAGUGUUCUUUUAUAGGCUCCUAGCAGCAUUUUCACUUGUGCGUGUCACUUGGAUUCUUACAUAAGGUAUUUCUUCUCUCUGAGGCCACCCCAUCCACGGGAAAUGCUAAACCAAUCUCACCAAGCAACUCACUCCGUUUUUUGAACCCUGCACGGCAUUAUAUAUUUGAUGAAGAACAGGAUUGCAACAAGUGACAAGGAAAUCAAGAACAGCUCAAGACCAUGGAGGCACCGAGAAAUCACGGCGCGCCAUGCCUGCUCCUUCUGCUGGCACUAGCUGCCCAAUGGUGCAGUGUCUCGACGGCGAGCUGCAGCUUCACGAUAUCCAACUACUGCACUCACACCAUCUGGCCGGGGACGAUGGCCGGCGCGGGCACGCCGCAGCUGCCCACGACGGGGUUCAGGCUAGACCCCGGGCAGACCGUGCGGAUCCCGGCGCCGGCCGGUUGGUCCGGCCGGAUAUGGGCGCGCACGGGGUGCAACUUCAGCACCGACGGCUCAGGCGCGGCCGCCGGCGCGGUCGCGUGCCAGACCGGCGACUGCGGUGGUGGACACAUGGAGUGCGGCGGCACGGGCGGGAAGCCGCCAGCGACGCUCUUCGAGAUCACGCUGGGGAAGGGCGGCCCCGCCGACCAGGACUUCUAUGACGUGAGCCUCGUCGACGGGUACAACCUGCCCGUCGUCGCCGUCCCGCGGGCGCGGCAGGGCAGCUGCAAUGCCACCGGCUGCGCCGCCGACCUCAACCUCUCAUGUCCCAAGGAGCUGCAGGUGGCCGGCGGCAAUGGUGGCGGCCCGGUGGCAUGCCAGAGCGCGUGCGAGGCGUUCACGCAGGACAAGUACUGCUGCAGUGGCGCCUACGCGACGCCAGACACCUGCAGCCCGACGGCCUACUCGUCCGUCUUCAAGUCGGCGUGCCCGCGGGCCUACAGCUACGCCUACGACGACGGCAGCAGCCUCUUCACCUGCAACGCCGUCGACUACACCAUCGCGUUCUGCCUCCCUCCAGCCGGGUUGAACAUGCCUGCUGAUGCUAACGGUGCUCCUCCUGCUGACAACAAUGGUGGUGGAAGCGCAUACGUGCCGCCCCCGACAGGCAACAGCGGGGCUGGGAGCGUCUACCAGCCACCCCCUGCAGGUAACAAUGGUGCCGGAAGUGCCUACCAGCCGCCUCCAACAGGCAACAAUGGCGUCGGAAGUGCCUACCAGACACCUCCGACUGGCACCAAUGGCAUUGGAAGCACCUACGAGACACCCUUGGCUAGCAGCAAUGGCGUCGGAAGUGCCUUCCAGCCGCCCCUGACGGGCGACGACAAUGGCGUGAGAAGCGCCUACCAGCCGGGGAUGACCCCGUCGUCGGCGAGCACGCGAUACGGUCAGCUAUGGUUUCUGCUACCUGCAGCGCUCGUGUUCUUUAAAUGAUCAAUCUCCAUGAAAGGCCAGCCAGUGUUUCAUGUCGAGCCGGCCUUCGAGCUUCCGAAUACAUGAGGGAUUGGAUGAUCUUAGGCGCGGAAGAAAGAAGAGGCUCGAAGCAGAGUACAUCCAAGCAUAGAUCUUGUAGGAGUUUCUGACAGAUUCACAGUAGUCGCAACUUAAAACCCUCCUGUAUUCAGUAACUAGAUAGUACUGGUGGUGCAGAUUGGGGGAGAUGUAAAUAUUGGCUUCUUUCAUGUAGACCAACAAUGAAAUCUACUCCAGUAGUACAAAUUGUAUACUCAUUAAUUCCAUUAUUAAUAAGGAAUGGUAUACUCAUUAAUUCCA